AUGUUCGCUACUACUACUCUGUUCACCACAAAUCUCCUGCUUGGGUUGGCUGCAGCCUUUCCAUCUGCAAUUCUACAUAGUCGUCAGGAUGCCGCCAAGGCACCAUCUCUGUCCGGACCAGAGAUUUCCAUGAGCGCCAAUGGCAACGGCGCAUAUCCACGAGCAACGAUCCUUCAAGACGGCAGCGUUCUAGGAGUCUACACAGGUUCCGAUGGCACGAACAACAUCCUAACCCUCGUCAGCUCGACCGAUAGCGGCUCAUCGUGGCACGAGAUAGGUACAGCAGCCUCUCGGCCGACCAUCUCGAGCGACCUCGACAACGCCUAUCCUCUCCAGCUGGCCUCUGGUAGAAUUCUGCUCGCCUAUCGCAACCAUGACAGGAACACUGAUAGCCUGUCGGAUUAUACGUACUUCCGUAUCACACUUUCGUACUCGGACGACAAUGGUAUGUCCUGGCUCUAUCUGUCCGAGCCGGUGUCGUACGCUGGUAGCCAGUAUCAUGGUGCUUGGGAGCCAUAUCUGCGUCUAUCUGCCAACGGUACAGUACAGAUGUACUGGAGCCAGGAGAAUAGCCAGAUCGAUCAGGAUCUUCUCAUGCUGUCAUCAUACGAUGGUGGUAAGACGUGGGCCAACCAGAUCACGGUCGCGGGCAUAGACAUACAGUCUCGCGACACCAUGAUCGGAGUGGCUCCAGCAAGCGACGGCACCUUGAUUGGAAUCUUCGAGAGCGACGACACGGUCAACACCAACUUAUUCACUGUCCACAGUGUCACCUCAACUGACGAUGGCUUCUCGUGGUCGAACCGACAGCUUGUAUAUACUCCCAACGGCACACGAACAAAUGCCGGCGCACCACAAGUUGUCAAUGUUGGAGGCACACUUGUCGCCAGCUUCAUGACUGAUGAAGACACUCAAGCACAGCACUGGGCUGACGAUGCAGCGUCGAAGCUCUUGACGAGUGAGGAUGGUGGUGCGACGUGGAGUAACAAGCUAGAAGUGUUUCCUCCAUCAUCGUACUGGCCAGCUACAACGGUGUAA